AUGCAGCUUUGCCAAGUAUCUGGUACAGCAGCCUUUGUGGCAAUAUCGCUGGCAGCGACUUUCGCCUUCUGGCUUGGGCUUGACGAUGUCUACCGCUUGAAGCACCAUGGAGAAGAGCUCCGUGGUGUCUCAGCAGCGCGAGUGUCGACGGUCUUGAGGCAUCAUGAAAACGCGCAGCAUGGUGAUCCGACAGUGCUACGAACCUCGACGGCCAAUACGGCCAUACCGGCACAGUCACCUCGGUCACCACCCUUAACUUUGGUCGGGCCUUCUGUCGCUCCACACUCGGUGCUCUUCUCAACCUCAAUCGCCUUGCAGAGCAAUGGGAGUACGAACGCAGCCACAGGUUUAACGAAACCUCCAUACUUCGACCGUGGCAUCUACAACACGAUUCAUGGGGAAAAAUAUUAUGACAUCUCUCGUUUUGAUGGUCUUUUGCCUGAAGGCAACUGGACUCUACUGUUGCCAGUUCUCAAGAAGCUUGCGAGCGGUGGCGACCUCAAGAUUUUCGUGUUGGGCGGUUCCUUCACCUCCGGUGUGGAUUGCCUGCAGCCCGCCAAAGGUACAAACGUUUCGCGGAGGCUUUGUGCAUGGCCCUCGCGUUUCCUGCACUGGCUGCGCGCGGCUUUUCCGAGAUCAAGCGUGCAGAUGGAAAACCACGCCCAAGGCGGGUCGCCCUCCAACGUGAUUCUGGCAGGUCUUGGGCUCCUGAACUUUGCGGGUGUGGACUUGGUUCUUGUCGAAACGCUUGUGAACGACUGGGGGGAUGAGGUCCGCGCCUAUGAGCGGAACAGCAGAAUAAAUAAAGAGGUCGCAGUUUCUGCAUCCUUUGAGGUGCUCCUUCGAACUCUGAAGAAGGUUGCCCCACGCAGCCUUAUCUACACCGUGGAGGCUGCAUGUCCAGGAUGCAGGCUUGCCAUUACAAACCACAAGAAGGUGUUAGAGUUCUACAAAAUUCCCCACAUGGACAUGGUUAAGGUGGUCAAGGAUGCACCAACACUUUGGAACGGGAGAAACCACCCCAGCUACCAAACACACCAAGCUCUUGCCGACCUUCUUGCCCUGAGUUGGAGCAACGUUUGGGACCGCAUGGCGGGCAUGAAUCUCGCAAAUCUGGGGCCCUUGAUGCAAGACUUCGGCGUUGACUUCUAUCACCCUGCCAAGGAGCGAAACAGGUUCUACGUCUGUACGAAGCCUUGCGCGGUCCUCUCCUCGCUGCAUACUUCGACUGUUCGGCCCAAGAUUCGUCGGGGCAACUGGAGCCUUUAUGAGGACCGUCCUGGAAAACCUGGCUGGAUCUCCAUGACGCCAGGGUCGAUCAUGGAAAUCCCCCUGUGCUUUGGGAGAAAGCCUACCUUGAGCAUCACGUUUCUGAGGAGCUAUGAGAAGCUCGGCAGGGCCAGGGUUACGCUGAACCAUCGUUCCAUCACGCUUCUGGGACUCUGGAAUGAUGGCUCGCACGUGUCCCAGUCGGAUACUAUUUUCUGCAGAGCUGAUGAUUUUCCCGGCGAAGGCGGAGGGGGUGGGGUUGUAGGCUUUGAUGUGAAGCCGAACACCAAAUCUACUAUGAAGAUUGAAAACUUGAAGUUUGGUAACUCAAAGAUGAAGUUGAUCUCAGUAGUCUCUUGCUAA